CUCCAGCUGGCACGACGCUAUUGGUCGACACUCCAUCCAUGCUGAUCUCUCUCUAACACAUUUGCCUUCACAUAUCACCAUAUUCAAAUCUGAAGAGCUAAAACCACCUUCACACAUUCAACCCCCUACUAAAAUUCCCAGCCCCCCUAAACAACUAAUAAACUUGAAAAAGGAAAAAUGGCUGCAAUCAAGGGAUUGGGCACUUCUUUCCUACCUUUGGCUUCUCCUACCUCUUCAGGUUUUCUAAGGCCGGCACCGGUGAUGGUCAAAAAGCCUCUGAGGGUGGCAAACGGGAGGGGAGGGAGGAUUACGUGCUCGUUUCAGAGAGAUUGGCUGAGGACAGAUCUGAAUGUGAUCGGGUUCGGGUUGAUCGGGUGGCUGGCGCCGUCGAGCAUUCCCGCGAUCAACGGCAACAGCUUGACAGGGUUGUUCUUCGAGAGCAUUGGAACUGAGCUCUCUCACUUCCCCACUCCCCCUGCUCUCGAUUCUCAAUUUUGGUUGUGGUUGAUAUGCUGGCACCUGGGGCUGUUCUUGUGCCUUACCUUCGGGCAAAUUGGGUUCAAGGGGAGGGCAGAGGAAUACUUUUGAGAUAUGGCAGAUGGCCUUUCUUUAUCUGUGAUCUAUGUAACCAUAUAAUCACUUCUUAUUUAGUUUCUCAGCACUGUCGUCUUCUCGCAAUUCCUGUUCAAGAGAAAAAUUGUAAUCUGUAUCCCUUUCUUCUUGUGCAAUAUCUGAACCUUAUUUGUGCUA